AUGAUGCUGCUGUGGAUGACACUGCUUUUUCUUCAUCAAGGAUGUAAGCUGCUUUUUGAUUGUUUCCAAAAAUCUGAAUCAGCGACUUUAACAUGUGCUUUACCAGAUGAAGAGCUCGGCAGCAGAAAAAUCCACUGGUACAAGCAGCGUGUUGGGGAUACUCUUAAAAUCAUUGUGACACUGUUAAAAGCUACAGAGCCUCAGUAUGCUUCACCAUUUUUGGAAGCAAAAUUUUAUGCACGUAAUGAUAAACAUUUUAGCAAACUGACCAUUUUGGAGACAGCCCGAGAAGAUGAGGGAAUGUAUCACUGUGGAAUAACAAACUGGGCUGAUACUGAAUGGAGUGGGACAUAUUUGUUGAUAAAAGGAAACACUCAAAGGACAUCAAACUAUAUUGUUGUCCAGCAGCCAGUUGAAUCAAAUCCAGUCCGUCCAGGAGACACAGCAGAUCUCCAGUGUUCAGUCUUCUCUGACUCUGAGAAUGAGACAUGUCCAGGAGCUCAUAAUGUGUUCUGGUUCAGAGCUGGAUCUCAACCAAACAUCAUCUACACUGAUGGAAACAGUACGAAUCAAUGUGAGAAAAGCUCUGAGACUCAGAAGAAAUGUGUUUAUCGCUUCUCUAAGAACAUCGACUCCUCAGAUGCUGGGACUUAUUACUGUGCUGUGGCCACAUGUGGGGAGAUAUUAUUUGGCAAUGGAAAUACACUGGAUAUUCAUGAAAGCAGCGUGCUGUCACAGAGAGCCAGUACAGUUUUCUUUCGUUGUGCUGUCGUGGUUAUAACUCUGAUUGUUAUAGCUGCCCUCAUCUACACAAUCAAAACAAACAACAGUGAUCAUUGCAAAGUUGCUCUCCUGCAGAAAAACGUGAUUAAUCAGAAAAGGCAACAGAAUAAGGACACAGAGCGGUUUUCUGCUGUUGUCUUUACCAUGAUGAAAGUUGACAGAAGUAAAAUAAAGGACACAAACACAGUGAAGCGGGAGCAGAUCUACAUGGCUGUCAAGGCUUUUGGGCUGGAUUAG